GGACUUCCUGAAAAAUGGGAUUCUAUUAAGCUCUCAAGAGCAAUGCUUCAAUCUCUUUCUUUCUAACCAUAAACUGUGAUCAUCUCAAAAGCAAGAAGCUCCUUCCUUCCUACUCGAAUAAUUUGUACUCUACGUCUUCCUCUUCACUUUCUUCUACGUUCAUUAUAUAUUCAAUUCGAUCUGAUGCCAAUUAGCCCUGAACAAGAAGCUCUUGAAGCGCAGAAGGAUGCGCAGGAAGUGCACAGGUAUGCGGUAUGGGGCCUCCUACCAGAGAAUGCGAACACAAGGAUCAAGAAGGUGAUGGAGGCGCUCCGGGAAGAAUUUGGUGGGCCGGAGAUCGAGCCCCACAUCACCAUAGUCGGAUCCUGCCUAAUGACGGAAGAUGAAGCGAUCGGCUCAUUUAGAGAAGGUUGUAACUCGGUCAAGCAAAUCUAUUGCAAAGUCGAAAACUUCGAGACUAGUAAAUUCUAUUUCCAGUGUCUUUCUCUCGUCAUGGAAAUAACCGAGGACCUAAAGGCUCAAACUCGUUGGUUUGCCGGAUGUAUGAAUCGCCCUUUCCCUGCUAUGCCACAUUUGAGCCUCCUAUAUGGGAAUUUGACAGCUGAAGAGAAAAAAAGAGCUAAAGAGAAAGUUCUUGCUAUGGAUGAGAGCAUUGCUGGACUAACAUUCCUCUUAAGUAGGAUGGCAUUGUACAGAGUCAACUUUGCAGAUAGAACUCAAAAAUCCUGGGAGAGGAUUCUUGAGGGCCACCUUCGAGUCAACUGAUUAGUUCUCCAAAGUGAAUAAUGCUUUACAACUUUUACAACUUAUAAAUAAGGCGUUCAGAAAAAUUUGGGGCAAUUUAAUUGUACCUUUGAAAUGAUAUGUAUAAACCAGAUUGUUCGAAUUAUGUAAUCGCAUUGUGUGACACAGUGAUCGAUGAGACUCACUGGUAUGUGAUA